CCACGGCUCAACUCCUCGAGCACCACCACCGCCAAACUCCGCCAUGUUCCUUUCCUUCUCCUCAUCCUCCUACGACCCCGACGGCAGCGUCCACCACCCCUUCAGCUCGCCGGGCGCGCCUCCAGAGCUCUACCACGAGGCCAAUGGCGGACUCCUCCCCUUCCCCUCCUCUUUCCCACCGGCUGAGUACUACGACCUCCACCGCAGCAGUAGCUCACAGUCACUUCCCCUCCACCACUACGCUCCGGAUCCACCCAUCCACCACUACCCGCCGCCGCCGCCUUCCUACUCCUCCCCGCCGUCAUCCUCCGGCGACUACCUCGACUUCCACGCCGCCCCCGUGAGGCGGGUGCUGAGCACCGGCGACAUCCAGAGGACGCACGGUUCGGUGGAGAACUACGGCCAAGAAGGCGGCGGCGCUCCGGGGAGAGUCGGAAGAUACAGUGCCGAGGAGAGGAAGGAAAGGAUCGAGCGGUAUCGGAGCAAGCGCAACCAAAGGAAUUUCCACAAGAAGAUCACCUACGCGUGCCGGAAGACGCUCGCCGACAGCCGGCCGCGCGUGCGGGGCCGCUUCGCCAGGAACGGCGAGACGGAGGCGGAGAUGGAGGCGGAGAUGGCGGCGGCGGGGGCCAACAGCUACAUUAGCUCUGGCGUAAACCAGAGCUUCGAAGUUUGCGACGGCGGCGGCAAUGCCGGCGGCGAGUGGUGGAGCCAGAUGCGGGCGGCGCUGGCGACGGACGACGAGGAGGAGCUGUACUACGACGGCGACGUCUUCGUGAGUUUCGCCGACGACGACGUUUUCGCCAUGAACAUUCUCUCCUAAUUAACGGGAAGCGAUGAGAUCAUCGAACAGCGGAAGCAGUAGUUGGAAUAGCAGUUGAUUGUUUAGUAGAUUUCCCGCUGAGAUUAAUCUUAAAUUAAACGACAAGAGGACCAUCAGUUGCUUUGUCCUCUGCUUAAUUUCUCA